GGUAGCCUGGGAGUGAAGGAUGCUCACACUCAGUGGCAGGCUGAACCAUACUGAUACAAGUCUACUUUCUUUACUCCCACCUAAUCUAGAGCUGUGGACGACCACUUGACUCGCUGGAUAAGAAGAUGAGGGAUGCCCUAUACAGCGCAGUGCUGGCCAUUCUGCUCCUGUUGCUCUCCUCUGGAUACUGCAAGGACAGGACUGACUCCACUAACCUCACAGACAAGAACCUGCUCAAUUAUAUCAUGAAACUCAUCAAAGACUUUAAGAGGUAUAACCUGGAUGAGGAGAAUAAAGGGCAAUAUCCCUCCAAACAAAGUUAUUACCCGGAGGAAAAGGAGGAUAUGGAGUAUGGAGCCUACCAGGAGCAGAGAGUAGAAAUCGUUCCCCGAGACCUUCGGAUGAAAGAAAAAUUUUUAAAGCAUUUAACAGGUCGACUUUCCUUCACAAGUCCAAAUUGCAAUAAACAUUUUCGGAGGCUUUACAACAGCACAAGAGAUUGCACAAUUCCAGCCCGUAAAUCCCACUGCACAGAUAAUUCUCUGCACAACAUACCAGCUUAUGCAGAGGAAUUCCUGAGUCCUAAAGUGUGCACAAAGAGGGGAGUGGGCUCCAGUGGCAACACUUCCUCAUCCUGA